CUAAAGAAACUGAAACUUUUUUUGUUUAAAAAAACCCCAAACUUCAAAAUGGCUUUGUGAAUUAUAAUGAUGUAGCUGUCUUGUCCAAGAAGGUUGAAACAAACAAUAGAUGCUAUGCCCAGGACUAGUGUCUUCUGCAGUGUGACUUUUCAUUCAAACUCAUGUGUGCACUAGCUACUGUUAUCUUGGCAAUAUAUCUCAGUGUCAAGUUUUGUUUCCUUUUGCAGAAAAAAAACCACUGCCCAAUAUUAGUAAGUUAUUACUAAAAUCUGAAUGUCAAAUGUGCGCAGCCUAGGUGAAGAAACUAGGAAAUCUAAGUUGAACCAGAACCUUGUUGUGAAUUCAGAACUCCACUAAGUGGAUUUUAUGUUAUGGCAGCAGCUUACAGACUUGUGGUUAGCACUGUGAACUAUUACAACAGUGUUGUCAUAGAUCAGCGCUUUCAGCAGGCUAUACAUUAUUGCACUGGAACUUGCCAGACCUUCAGACAUGGAGUUGACUGUAUUGUGGUACAUCAUAGUGUUUGUGCAGAGCUCCUGCAUAUCCCAGUCUCUGGUGUCAAAAAUGCAGCACAUGCUCCUAUAUUUCCUGAUGAAAAUGUUCUUUCCUUGGCUGAGAGCGAAGAAAACCAUCAAAUCCUCCCUGGUAUACCUAAGGUCAAGAAAGUAUCUGUGGUGCAAAGCACUUACAACCUGAAAGACAUUGCAGGAGAAGCAAUCAAUUUUGCCAGUGGAAAAAUUAAGGAAUUUUCCCUUGAAAAACUCAAGAACUCUAGCCAUGUGACUUACAGAAAGGGAAGAAAAGUUAAGAGUGACUCAUUUAAUAGGCGGUCAGUUGAUUUUGACCUGAUCUUUGGUCAUUAUGGCAGUGAUGGAAACUAUCCAUCCUUUGGUUUACUCCGGAGUUCCUCACUUGAGGAAAAACCUAUGCCCCAUAGUAAUUCACUUGAAACAAACAUGGCUUCAUUGUUUCUCCAAAAUUUGUCUGAAGAGAAUCUGAUUACCCAGAUAUUGGAAAAACAUAAGUUGGAUAGCCCUUCUUCUGGGACAGAUAUAAAGAUGUGCUUGGAUAUCUUGCUCAAGUGCUCUGAGGACUUGAAAAAAUGCACUGACAUCAUAAAGCAAUGCAUAAAGAAGAAAUCAGGGAGCAAUAUCAGUGAUGGAAGUGGUCAUGAUUCAUUUUCAAGCUCUGAAACUAUCUAUAUGAAUGUAAUGGCCAGGUUGGCUUCCUAUCUAAAGAAGAUACCAUUUGAAUUCUUGCAUCCUGGACAUACUGAGAAUACAGACUUGACAGAAUUUAUUAGUAAUUUGCCAAACUUACAUCCAGCCCCCUUCUCCCCAAUAUUUGGCACUGAACAGCCCCCUAAAUAUGAGGAUGUUGUCCAGUUAGCACCAGAUACAGGGCAGUUCCAUUCAGUUGAAUUUCAAGAAAACAAACAUGAUGGUAUUAAAACUGGAACAAUUAAGUCUCUUCAGACUAACCACACAAAUUCAAAUUCCUUACAAAGUUUAGAGCUAAAUGACCCCAGAACUGUGGAAGCUAUCCAACUUAAACCACAGACUUUAACUAUGAAUCCUCUAGAAGGUGUUUCUUCUACUGACUUUAUGGAAACUCUUUAUAUUGAGGAAGAGUCAGAUGGGAGAAAAGUGUUUGAUAAGGAAAAAAGAACUGAGAACAGCUUUAAUCAGGAAUCUUUAGAAAUCAACGAAGCUAAAUCAGAAUUUAUAGACCAUAAUAACAGUCUUGAAAAAUCUCCUACCUUAGUACAAGCUGAAAAUCUUGGCAAGGUCUUUGAAAAAACAGCAUUUGCUUUAUCAAAGGAGGACCCUACACCCAAAGUCACUGAAGUUGAAGAGAGAGACCACAUAGGUAUUAUGAAACCUAGUAAUCAGGAAGAGAUAGACAAGUUAUUAUUGGACUUGGAGUGUUUCUCACAGAGAAUGGAGAACACACUGGGGGAGCCUCUUGCCAAGAGUUGUGACACUAAAUCUUUAAACAACUGUAAUCCUUUGGUGGGGCAGACAACUUUGGAUCUUGAGCCCAAAUCUGAUGACUCUUCACCCUUAGAAAAAUCUCCUUCUUCUUGUUUGACAAGAAUUAUUGAAACUAAUGGACAUAAAAUAGAGGAAGAGGAUCGUGCUCUCUUGUUGCGUAUCCUAGAAAGCAUUGAAGACUUUGCUCAAGAACUAGUUGAAUGCAAAUCAAGCAGAGGAAGCUUAUCACAAGAAAAGGAAAUGAUGCAAAUUUUGCAGGAAACUUUGACAACUUCCUCCCAGACUCGAUCAUCAGUAUGUCAAAGUCAUACAAGUGAUAAAACCAAAGAUAGUACUGCAGUGGUUUUGAUUCAGCAGAGCCCCGAGGUAAUUAAGGUUCAGAAUAAGCAAGAAAAGAAACUUGGAACACCACCUGUACCUGCAGCAAGUGCUGGAAGCAGCCCCCGCCCUCUCUCUCCUCUUCUUCAUGUGAAUAAUGUUGCUAUCAAUGUGCCAUUAUCCAUAAACAUUCCACAAUUCUACUUCCCUAAAGGACUUCCAGAUGCAUGUGCAAACCAUGAACAGACCAUAAACAAAAUUGAAAUGGCCUUCAUGGUUGAAGAUCAGAAAGCAGAUAUUUACGAAAUGGGGAAAAUUGCAAAGGCAUGUGGCUGCCCAUUCUAUUGGAAAGCCCCCAUGUUCAAUGCUGCAGGAGGCGAAAGGACGGGAUUUGUAUCUGUACAUUCGUUCAUAGCCAUGUGGCGAAAGUUGCUGUAUAACUGCCAUGAUGAUGCAUCCAAGUUUGUCUAUCUUUUAGCAAAGCCCAACUGCAAUUGUCUAGAACAAGAGGAUUUUAUUCCUUUACUUCAGGAUGUAGUGGAUACCCACCCUGGCCUCACGUUCCUUAAGGAUGCUCCAGAAUUCCAUUCCCGCUAUAUCACUACGGUUAUUCAGAGAAUAUUCUACACAGUCAACAGAUCCUGGAAUGGCAAAAUCACUUUGACGGAACUAAGGAAAAGCAACUUUUUGCAAACGUUAGCCCUUUUGGAAGAAGAAGAAGACAUAAAUCAAAUCACAGAUUACUUCUCCUAUGAACACUUCUAUGUCAUUUACUGUAAAUUCUGGGAACUAGACAGUGAUCAUGACCUCUAUAUCAACCAAACUGAUCUAUCCAGGUACAAUGACCAGGCAUCAUCAAAUAGGAUUAUUGAAAGAAUAUUUUCUGGAGCAGUGACAAGGGGGAAUGUUGUGCAAAAAGAGGGAAGAAUGAGCUAUGCAGAUUUUGUAUGGUUUCUGAUCUCUGAAGAAGACAAAAGAAAUCUGACAAGCAUUGAAUAUUGGUUCCGCUGUAUGGAUUUGGAUGGCGAUGGUGUGCUCUCCAUGUAUGAACUUGAACAUUUCUAUGAAGAACAGUGUGAAAGAAUGGAAGCCAUGGGUAUUGAACCAUUGCCAUUCCAUGACUUGCUCUGCCAGAUGCUUGACCUGGUGAAGCCAGAACUUGAUGGCAAAAUAACUCUCAGAGACCUGAAGAGAUGCAGAAUGGCUCAUAUUUUUUAUGACACCUUCUUUAAUCUGGAGAAAUACCUGGACCAUGAACAGAGAGAUCCCUUUGCAGUGCAAAAGGAUGUUGAGAAUGAUAGCCCUGAACCUUCUGAUUGGGACAGAUAUGCUGCUGAGGAAUAUGAAAUUCUUGUUGCAGAGGAAUCUGCUAAUGAGCAGUUACAAGAAGGCUCAUUUGAAGAAUAUGAAGCAGAUGAACCUGUUCCUCCCUCUGAACUUGGAAACAAAGGGGACAAAAUAGUCAUCUCAAGCCUUUCGGAGAAAUGUGGAAAGCUUCACUCAGUAGAUGAAGAGUAGCUGCCAAUCUCAGUGAAGCCAGCACACAUGUAUCUUAAAGUUUAUUUCCUCAUGGAAAGGAUAUUUUGUAUACUGCCACUUAAAAUCUUUCAUGUCUGUAAAUGUACAAUUGCACUGGAUUAACUUUAAAUGGUUUUGUGCAAUAGGUCUGAAUGCACAUUCUAACUUGGGGCUUUCCAAUUUUCUUCACAGCUAUCAAUUUUCCUUAAUGCUAUAUAUAAAAUCCAUGGAAAAAUGAAUAGAAUUUUUACAUCACCACUAAAAAGAUGUAAAUCAGUUGCUUACCCUUUAAUAUAUUAGGGCUGUUCUACACAAAAAUAUUAGGCAAACAUCUCAUAGCUUCACUGUGUCCCUCCAAACAUAAAAACACAUGUAUGGUUCAUUCACACACACAAAAACAUUAUCAAGUCAUGAAACUAAGGCAUGAAAAUUAAGCCUGGGUGAAGUGACUCAAAUCUACUUGUCCCCUGGGUGUAAAUGUGUUUAAAUAUUUCAAAGGGAUUUUUUUUUAGUUAUGAACAUGGACUACACAGUACAAAGAUCAACUUUGCCAUUUUAGUUUUACAAUUAAUAAGCCAAAAGGCUAAAGUUAUUUCAUCCUCAAGUGUUAUGAACUAACAGUUAUAACUCUUCUUUCAAGCUAGGUAAAUUUCUUUCCUCCAGGGUCAUCUGACUGAAUUAAAAGGAAGAAGUAAAAAUCAUGAUAGCACCUAUAAUUUCCAAAAAGGAAAAAUUAAGAUGUGAACAAGCUGGGGCAGCUAGAUGGCACACUGGAUAGACCUGUGGCUUUGGAGUCAGGAGGACCCGAGUUCAAAUCAAGCCUGACACCUGACACUUAACUGGGCAAGUCACUUAAUCUCGAUCACCUCACCAAAGAGCCAGAAACAGAAAAGAUAUAUAGGGGCAGCUAGGCGGCACAGUGGAUAGAGCACCGGCCCUGAAGUCAGGAAGACCUGAGUUCAAAUCCGA